AUGGACAAUCACAUUCUCCUUGUAAUCUGUGUUGCAUCUCUCCUUUUAAGCAUCUCGGUGGUUAACGCUUCCGAAGAAAACGGAAAAGAUGAAGUAAAAAAUGCAUUUGRGUCCUUCUUAGAUGAAGCCAAAGAGGCACUUGGUCCAGUUUCAUCAUGGGAUUUACGUAAAGUUAAAGAUACAUUUAGUCCAUCCUUGGAAGAAGCUAAGGAGGCAUUGGGUCCAAUUUCAUCAUUGGAUCAAGUUAGAAAGGCACUCUCACCACUUUCAUCCUCCAUUAUACAUGAAGCCAAAGACGCUAUUUCACCUUCUGCAAAAUCUGAAGCCUCAAAACAUAUCGAUUCAAUUACAUCCUGGUUAUCCCAAAAGGAGCUAGGUCCCACUCCGUUUUCUUCUUUAGACAAGGAGGAGGAUGAGCAAAACGAAGAGGAAUCAUCUUCUGAUUCWUUUGAAGAAGCUCAAAAAGAACUCGGUCCAAUUUCUUCUUCUGAUUUGGAUAAAGAAGAUGAAGGUGCAUCCACUCCAGUUUCAUCCCCUUCAACCGUUAAUCAAGCCUUUGAUGUGGCAAAGCAAAAACUUGGCUCCUUGCUUUCCCAGAGCAAAGAGGAAAUAUUUUCUGAUUCACCCUCCAAUUUAGACGAAGCUUACAAAGAAUUGGGUCCAAUUUCUUCUGAUCAAGAUGCAUCCCCUUCAACGUUUAAUGAAGCAAAAGAGGCGCUAGGUUCACUUUCCCCUCAAGCCUUCGACAUGGAAAAUGAAAAACUUGGCUCAAUUAGGUCCUUGCUUUCCCAGAACAAAGAGGAAUCACCCUCCAUUUUAGACGAAGCUCCAUUUUCUUCUUCUGGUGAUUUGGAUAAAAAUGAAGAURCAUCAAGUCCGAUUUCAUCCUCAGAUGAACCCGAAGAAGCAUUCGCCCCUGUUUCACCUUCAACUUCAAAUUCAAAUGAAGCCUUGGACGACGUUGAAGAAACCCCGAUUACGCCCUUUCUUUCCCAAAACAAAGAGGAAAUAUUUUCUUAUUCACCCUCCAUUUUAGAUGAAGCCCAAAAAGAAAAACUUGGGAACGAAGAAGAAAUAUCUUCUGAUUCACCCUCCAAUUUAAACGAAGCUCAGGAAGAACUCAGUCCAAUUUCUUCUUCUGAUGAUGUGGACAAAGAUGAAGAUGCAUCAAGUCCGAUUUCAUCCUUGGAUGAACCUGAAGAAGCAUCCGCCCCUAUUUCACCUUCAACAUCAAAGGAAGCCUUCGACGACGCUAAAGAAAUUUUUUCCCAGAACAAAGAGGAAAUAUUUUCUGAUUCACUCUCCGUUUUAGACGAAGCACAGAAAGAACUUGGUCCAAUUUCUUCAUCUGAUUUGGAUAAAGAUGAAGAUGCAUCGGGUCCUAUUUCAUCCCCUGUUCCACCUUCAAAUUUUAACGAAGCAAAAGAGGCCCUAGGUUCAAUUUCUUCUCAAGCCUUGAAUGUGGCAAAAGAAAAAAUUGGCAAAAUUAGGUCAUUGCUCACCCAGAACAAAGAGGAAAUGUCCUCUGAUCCACCCUCCAAUUUAGACAAAGCGCAGGAAGAACUCAGUGCAAUUUCUUCUUCUGGUGAUCUGGAUAAAGAUGAAGAUGCAUCRAGUCCAGUUUCAUCCUUAGACGAAGCCGAAGAGGCAGUUGCCCCUGUUUUAUCUUCAAUUUCAAAUGAAGCAAAAGAGGCACUAGGUUCAAUUUCUCCCGAGGCCGUGGAAGGAAGUUUUGGCCCAAUUGCAUCCUUGAUUUCCCAAAACAAAGAGGAAAUAUCUUCUGAUUCAUCUUCCAUUUUAGAGGAAGCCCAGAAAGAACUCGGUCCAAUUUCUUCUUUUGAUUUUAAUAAAGAUGAAGWAGAGGCAUUUUCUCCUAUUUCACCUUCAAGUUCAGAUGAAGRGAAAGGUUCAAUUUCUUCUGAAGCCUUGGAUGAAAAUUUUGCCCCAAUUCCAGCUCAAAUGAAGGUGCAAAUACCUUCAAAAUCAAGCAUUUCUCCGAUAUACUUUGACCAUGAUGUGGCUUUAGCUAUUGAGUCGUUGAUUAAGCAAGGGCAGUCAAAUUCACAACUAGCUAUUGAGGAGGCUGACAAGUUAUUGAGUGAUGCAAAUUUUAGUCAAUCAAAAACAGGAAAAUGUGUGAAAAAAUGUAAGAACAAUUACGCAUCUUGUCUUGACAAACUGCAUAAGGCCAUGGAAGACCUUAGAGCUCGUAAUGCUGAAUUGCUCACCGAUGAUGUUAGUGCAGUGGAGGGAGACAUAUCCGCUUGUCAAAAAUGCUUUUUAGAGAAUCAGUCUCCAUUAAAGGAUUUGGAGGAGGCCACCAUCAAGGCUACUCGUGAAUGCUUAAAUGUUCUACAUCAUUCUAGUUGA